AUGACGACGGCUGUACCGGUUGAGAAUCUGAUACCGAUAUCGACGGACGAUGUAGCCACGGCGACGGCCAUGACCAUGACCACUAAACAACCCCAAGAUCCUCAAGAUCUCCAAGAUCUCCAAGAUCCCCAAGAUCCUAAACAACCCCUCUCCAUCCUCAAUGACCCCCCCGUGGUCUUGGAUGGCCCGCAGCUCUUACAUCAGCUGAUCCGAUGGGAGCAACACAGCGAGUCUUGCGCCUUGGACUUCACCAGCAACGAGACCAGGAAGCGAUACAGCUUUCGAGAUCUCCAGUCGUGUAUAUCGGCCUUGCAAGCCCAAAUACAGGCAUCUCUGGACCUCAUACUCAACCUCAACCUCAACCCUUCGCAAAGAAACGGCCAGCACGUUAUCCCAGUCCUCCUCCCCCAGUCUCCAGGCCUCUACAUCUCGCAGCUGGCCACCCUCCAAUCCGGCGGCGCAUUCUGCCCCAUCAACCUGGAUGCGCCCAAGGACAGAAUCAAAUUCGUCGUCGGGGACGUCUCCGCGAGCAUCAUUAUCACAACCCCAGAGUUCAAAGAUGUCGUCUCGUGGGAAGACGGACCCACCAUCAUCCUCGUGGAUGAAUUUCCCGAUGUUGCGCAGCAGCAAGUGGUUGAUCAAGGGUUACCACGUGAUGCUGCUCCCGACGACAUCGCAUAUGUGAUGUACACCUCGGGAUCGAGUGGGACUCCUAAGGGGGUGGCUGUAAGUCACAUGGCUGUCACCCAGUCAUUGCUGGCCCACGAGAGACACAUCCCCAAGUUCGAUCGAUUCUUACAGUUUGCCGCCCCCUCCUUCGAUGUCUCCGUCUUCGAGAUCUUCUUUCCACUCGUACGAGGCGCGACCCUGGUUGGAGUGAACAGAAUCCAGCUGCUCAAUGAUCUCCCAGGGACAAUCACCGACUUGGAAAUCGAUGCCGCAGAGCUCACGCCGACAGUUGUCGGCUCACUGCUGCAGAAGCGAUCAAACGCACCGGGGCUGAAACUUCUCCUGACCAUCGGAGAGAUGUUGACGUGGCCCAUCGUGAAGGAGUUUGGUGGGUCGGAAACACAAGCGAACAUGCUGUAUGGCAUGUAUGGACCUACGGAAGCUGCAAUUCAUUGCACCAUCUACCCGAAGAUGGCUGCGGACACGAAGCCCGGCAACAUUGGAAUUCCAUUUGACACCGUUUCGACAUUUGUUGCUGCUCCGAGUACGUCUGUGGAAGACGCAGCGAACUUGAAGUUCUUGCCAGUAGGAGAUCUGGGCGAGCUUAUCCUCGGGGGCCCACAGCUGGCACAGGGAUACCUGAAUCGGGAAGAGCAGAACAAGGCGGCCUUUGUGCAUUUCGAUGGCAAAAAGUACUACCGCACAGGCGACAAAGCACGGCAACUUGAAGAUGGGACUAUAGAAAUCCUAGGGCGCAUCAGUGCCGGGCAAGUCAAGCUCAGAGGCCAAAGAAUUGAGCUUGGUGAGAUUGAAGAAGUCAUCUACAAACAUCCGGGCCUGAAGACCGUCGUUGCGGUUGUGCUGCAGGGCAGACUCGUCGUAUUUGCACUCGUUGCAGAUGCAAAAAUCACUACCGGGGAUGUAUUGGAGACGUGCGCGAAAUGGCUCCCAACAUUCAUGGUUCCAAGCGAGAUCGUCUUGCUCCAGAACUUUCCAUAUCUACCAUCUGGCAAAGUGGACAAGAGAAGACUCGAAGCGGACUAUCAAGCCGAGCGUAAAAAUUCGGGGAGUGAGUUCACAGCUUCGGAGACCGAAACCCAGCUUUCCGUGAGGACGGUAUUACAAGAAACCCUCGGAAAUUUCUCCAGGACCACGCGUCUUGCAGCUGCAGGCCUGGACUCCCUCAUGGCGAUCAGAGUGGCUUCGAAGCUGCGACUCUUGGGCUUCAAUGUCAAUACCGUCAAAGUGUUGCAGGCAGAGGUCUUCGAGUCUCUCGUUGACCUUUGCGAUAGGUCCAAGUCCACGUCGUCAAUCCAAGUCCAACGCAGCGAGAAGGCGGAGGUCCAAGUCAAUGUUCAGAAAUCCCUGAACGGCCAUGCAAAGGACGUCGAAUCCACAUCUCAAUGUACCCCAACUCAGUCUGCGAUGCUAUUAUCGACUGCCAUCAGUGAGAAGGCAUAUCGCAACUGGGUGGACUUGGAUCUACCUGGUAUCACUGAUGUUGAAGAUGUCUUCUCGGCUUUGCAUGAAUUAGCAGCACGCAACCCGAUUCUGCGGACUGGGUUCGCGGAGCCCGGAGAUCAAUCAGGGUACCUUCAGAUCAUCUGGAAAGAUCUGGAGGAGUCCCAAAUCGAGCUUGUGGAGGCGUUAAACUACGAGUACAACGAAUUCAAAGAUGCCUCUUUGCAUCGACCGAUUCGAUUCCAAAUCCAGAAGGUUGAAUCUCACGUAAAAUUACUUAUGCACAUUCAUCAUGCUCUAUACGAUGCAUGGUCACUGGAGCUGUUACUCGACGAUCUCAAUACCAUUCUUUCGAAGAAGGCUCCUCCCGUACGCCCACCUUUCACCGAUGUCGUAGAUAGCUAUCAUGAUAGCACUUCGAAGGCCGAUGACUGGACCGCAAAAGAUUACUGGAAAGAUCAUCUUGCCCUGCUGGAUAAUGUACCGGUUCCGAACUUCAAUACCGGGGAGGUCCCGCCGCCUUCUCUUGCUGUCGAGCGACUUCAGACAUCAAUGUCGACAUCAGAAGUUGUGCUAGCUGCACGCCGUAUGUCAGCAAGGCCGCAGUCUCUGUUUCAGGCAGCAUACGCUCUGGUGUUGAGCUCCUACCUGGGAUGCACAGACAUCUGCUUCGGAACGGUAUUUUCAGGCCGCACGCUACCAAUCACCGGGAUCGAAGAUAUCAUAGGGCCAUGUCUCAUAGCGCUGCCAGUCCGAGUGGACAUUUCCACGUCCACGAACCUGCGAGGCUUGGUGCAGGAGCUCGAUGCGACGACCGGGAAGCAUAUGGAGCACAGUACACUUCCUGCGCGGGAUAUCAAGGCGGCUGGCGGGAUCAGUCCACGUCAGAUGCUGUUUGAUACACUCGUUAUCUGGCAACAAACUUUGCACAGCCAUGACCACAAGAGAGACCAUGUUGUCCUUGUUGAGGAGGCCGAUAAUGCAGAAUUUAAACUCACGUUGGAUAUUAUUCCCAGCUUAGGGAAUGUUGAACUGAAAGCCAUUUAUCAACGGGCUUCGUUUCCAGAGUCCCAAGUCAGAUCGCUUCUGUUGCAGAUUGAGCAGCUCGUGCGAGCUGUGAUUGAGGAAGAGAAUACCACUCUGGAUACUGCUUUCCAACAUCUUGAGAAGCAUGUUUUGUCAAUCGAGAACGAGAAACCGCACAUGGAACUCAGAAUAGGGAGCUUGUCGAGUCCGGUCGAGGACCUCGCAAUCAGUGAUCCUGACAGGCUUGCGAUCGAAUUUGCAACGGCAAUUGACAAAGAGAUCAAAGUGAAUCGCAUAUCGUACUCGGGGCUCAAUUCUUAUUCUAACCAGAUCGGCCACUAUCUCUUGGAACAAAACAAUGUCCUUCCAGAUGAGCUUAUUUGUACUUGUAUGGAGAAGUCUAUUGAUUUAUACGCCUCAAUUCUAGCAGCUGCGAAGAUUGGUGCUGGUUACCUGCCGCUUACCCCGGAUAUCCCUUCCGGACGACUGCAGAAUAUUCUGCAGGAAGCCAACGUCAAGGUGGUGAUUGCCCAGUCAUCAUCCAAGUCUCUCUUUGAAUCAAUCAAGUCCGUUGAGAUUCUGUAUAUUGACCAAGUCAAGCUUUCAUCUCUUUCCACGAGUAAUAUUCCUCUGAAUUCCACUCCAGACAUGGUCUCAUACUGCGUUUUCACAUCGGGUAGCACAACAGGGACGCCAAAAGGGGUGCUGGUCACCCAAGGAAACCUUCUCAGCAACCUAGACGUACUCCAAGACAUGUACCCGGCUUCUAAAAACGCCCGAUUCCUGCAAUCAUGUCCCCAAACCUUCGGCGUUUCGGUAUUCGAGAUAUUUUUCGCAUGGAGAGUCGGCGGGACCAUCUGCUCAGCAAUCAAGGACGUCCUCUUCCAAGAUAUAGAAAACGCUAUUCGUCUUUUUAAUGUCACACAUUUGAGCUUGACUCCAACCGUUGCUGCUAUGAUUGAUCCGAAUAAUGUGCCUCAGAUAGAGUUCUUGGUUACUGCCGGGGAGGCAGUAACCCCAAAGGUCUUCAACACAUGGGCGGACAGAGGACUGUGGCAAGGCUAUGGUCCUAGCGAAACCACAAAUAUCUGCACCAUCAACCCCAGGGUCUCGAAGCAUGAUGCGAUCAACAAUAUCGGCCCCCCGCUCAAAAACACUUCUGCAUUCGUGCUAGCCCCUGGUCCCGAAUUCAUCCUUGUACCCCGGGGCGGCGUAGGUGAAUUAUGUUUCGGUGGCUCGCAAGUCUUUCGCGGAUAUAUGGAUCGCGAUCAAGGCGUCGGUAAUCUGAUUGAGCACCCGCAAUUUGGACGCCUGUACCGAAGCGGUGAUUUCGGGCGCUUGAUGCCGGAUGGCUCGCUUGUUUUCACGGGGAGAAAAGACGAUCAAUUCAAGAUCCAAGGGCGGAAGAUUGAGCUCGGCGAGAUCAACAACACCAUGCUUCGCUCUGACAAAGUUGUGGACUGCGUGACCAUGGUUAUCGAUGGCGAAGGAGACAGUCCGCAAAGGCUUAUCUGCUUCUGGACUUCCGGAAAGGAACAGUCGAUAAGUCUUGAGCCUCGACCAAUGCCCCCCCGAGAUGUCUUGACGGAGCUCUAUAGGAAUCUUGAUGCAGCGCUUCCCCCUUACAUGGUACCCUCUGCGCUCAUUCCUCUGUCAUUCAUGCCAUCAACAGCUCAAGGGAAGAUCGAUAAGCGGAGACUGGUGAAGCAUUUCCGAGGCCUUGAAGUCAGCUUCCUCCAUGGAUGCUCACAAACGAUCAAGUCGACGUCUGACCACACAUGGACGGGGCUUGAGAGCGCCAUUGCUAGAUCUGUCGCUGAGACUGCGAAGGUGUCUGUCGAGGACAUUGGUCCUGACACUUCGUUUUUCGAGCUGGGCAUCGACUCAAUAAAUGCGAUUCAGCUGGCGAGGAGUCUUACGAAGGUGACGGGGAAGCAGGUCGCUUUUACAGAGAUAUCGAAAUUCCCAUCGGUAGUAAGGUUAGCCGACAGACUUUCCUUCAAAGCGGAACAGGGCGAUAUUGAGGUCAAUGGGGCUUCUCUAUCCGGAGACAUCGACUUUGGCUUCGAGCAUGACUUCAUUGACUCAACUGUGAAUCAAUUUGAGAAGACUGGAAGAACUGUGCAAAGAAUUCUGCCCUGUACCCCACUCCAGGAGGCUAUGCUAUCAGCGACGGAAGCAUCCACAAAGAAGCUGUUCGACAACUCUGUAAUUUUCAACAUCAGUGGUGAUGUUACAAAGUUGGAGAGCUGCUGGCGGGAAAUGGUACGCCGACAUGAGAUUUUGCGAACUUGUUUUGUGAGUACGGACGUGCCACGCCACCCAUUCGUACAAGUUGUGCUCCAGGAUUAUGAUCUCAAAUUUGGGCGCAUAUCUUCAGUGGUAGAGAGGACGGCGCGAGGAGAUCAGGAGCCGCCGUACACUCUUGAUCUGGUGGAAUCGUCGGGACAGACCAAGCUUGUUGUUUGGAUGCAUCAUGCGCUAUACGACGGAGUAGCCUUGGCGUUACUACAUGAGGAGGUAGAGAUGCUGUAUCGCAGCGAAUCACUUCCGGGUCCGGUGUCGUUUGCCCCUUUUCUGAAGUCUAUGGCGUCUCUCGAUAUGGACAAAGCAGAAAAGUUUUGGCAAUCAAAGCUUCAAAACUGUCAUUUUCCCAAGUUCUCAACCAGCAACAACCACCACGUACACAGGAGUCAAGAGAACUCCGUACAAGCGCAGUGGAUCACCGCCAAAAUGCCACUCAGCUUGAUCAGAUCCAACCUGAAAAAAUGCAGCACUUCCCUUCUAGCGGUCUGCCACACAGCCUGGGCUUCCCUCCUAUCCGAACGUCUCCAAGAGACCGAUAUUUGCUUUGGCAGUCUUGUUAGUGGCCGCACCCUCCCAGUCCCAAACAUCGACCGCCUCGUUGCCCCCUGUUUCAACACCAUUCCCACCCGUCUCCAAAACAUUCAUAACCUGUCCUACCUUGAAGCAUUCCGCAAGCUUCAGUCCCUUAGCGCAGACUCUCUUCCCUUCCAACUCACGCCGCUACGACGCCUCCAAUCAAAGCUCAGCCAUGACGGCUCUCGGCUAUUUGAUACCCUUUUUAUUUUGCAGCAGCCGCCGCGACAGUUUGAUUCAGGGAUCUGGACGAUGGAGGAUUAUGAUUGGGCCAUGGACUUCCCAAUCGCGAUUGAAGUCGUGCCUAGGCAGAGCGAUGACAAGCUUGAGAUCAUGCUGCACUCGUACACGGAUGUUCUUUCGGAGGAGGGUACGCUUGGCUUGCUUGAAGCUUUUGAUCUGAAGCUUCAUGAGGCGCUUCAAAAUCCUCGACGCCACAUUUUGGCUCCCACUGUCAGGGAUGAGAUUCUAGCGAAGCUGGAAAUUCGCGAGAACUCGAAAGCUGAAGAGUCAAAUGGACCGAGGGAGUCAGAAAAUAUGUCUGCUGGCGAGCUCAGGUUGAGAGAUGUUGUGAAGGACUUCACGGACAUCCCCACCGAGAAAAUUGAGAGGGAUAUUAGUAUUUUCAGACUUGGUCUGGAUAGUAUCAGUACGGUGCAGAUUGCUACGAGGCUUAGGAAGCAGGGACAUAGUGUCUUGGCAAGCGAUAUCCUGGAGAACAAUACCAUUGCGAAACUCGGUGCAUUCUUGUCGUCGCAGCGAAAGAGUGAAAAGGAUCUAGACUCGAAGUAUGACUUUGUCAGUUUCGAUAAAGACCAUCGAACAUUUGUUUCCUCGAAGCUUGGAAUGCCAGAAAAAAAUAUUGAGGCUGUCAUGCCUUGUACGUCGGUGCAACAAGGUAUGCUUGCUCAGACCCUGCAUUCGGAUGGCUUGGAAUAUGUCAACAGUGUGUGGCUCGAGAUACCUGGUGAGGUUUACAUUCCUGCUCUCAAGGCUGCCUGGGGAGCUGUGUGUGAGAACAAUGAGGUGCUCAGGACGAGCUUUACGUCGACGGAGAACCCCAAGCAUCCAUUUGUGAUGGUAGUUUGUACCAAGGAUGCUUCGCAAUUACCAUGGUACGAAAGUUCUAGAGAGCUUCCAAGCAGAGCGGAGAAUCUGCUCAAGAACCCCUGGAAUCUUCAUCUCUACGAAGAGAACGGUACCAAGACCUUGAAGUUCACUGCACAUCAUGCUCUGUACGACGCACAGUCUUUUCAGAUGCUCUUUUCCGAUGUUGCCAAAACAUAUGCAUCACAACGUCCGACUUCUCGUCCACCAAUCGCAUCGCUACUCAGUGCGAUUCUGCAAGAUUCCACGCAGAAUAUUGAUGAGAAGAGGGCUUUCUGGGAAAAGGAGGCAAACAAGAUCAUCGUCAACCGCUUUCCAAAUCUUACGCCCCUUCAUGUUUCUAAUACAGCGAGUGAAUUUCGAGAAAUAAUAUCUCAGUCUUCAUCUUCUCAACUCCAUGAGCUGUGCAGGGCUAGUGGUGUUACUAUCCAAGCGGCUACCCAAGCGACAUGGGCACGACUGCUCUAUUUCUACAUUGGCGAGACUUCUACAACGUUUGGGAUGACCCUCUCUGGACGAUCAAUCCAUGAGGAUGCAGAUCAAAUUGCCUUCCCAAGUAUCGUUACUCUUCCAGUGCGCUGCGAAAUCGCGGGUACCAAUGGAGAUCUCUUGACAAGAACGAUCGACUCGAAUGCGCUGCUACACAAGCAUCAGUUCACGCCUUUGACCUCCAUACAGAAGUGGGCUGGAUACCCGGAAGGCAAGAUCUUCGAUACGCUGUUCGCCUUUCAGAAAUUCCCAGACAACGAAGUUAAGACAGAAACACCGUGGAAGAUAGCACGGGAGCAAGCGUCUGUCGAUUAUUCUGUCUCUUUCGAGGUUGAACCCACAGCUGGGGACAAAAUUGCGCUCCGCAUGACGUUCAGAUGCGAUCUCAUACCCGUUGAGCAGGCAGAGCUACUGCUGAAGCAGUAUAAUGCUUUGCUCCUCGACAUACUGCAGAAUCCGCAGAGUCCUUGUGAUGUGGCUCCCAUUGCACUCAAUGAGCUGCUGUCGAUCACAGCCGCGGAAGAAGAUAUUCUAUCUGCUCCCGUAACUCUGCUUCAUGAAUUUGUUGAGCUUGGAGCUCGCGAGUUCCCGGACAGGAAAGCGCUGGAGUUUGCUACGAGUCUCGACCCUGAGAACUUCAAGAGCACGUCAUGGACGUACCGCCAGCUUGACGAGGAGGCGAACAAGGUGGCGAGUCUGCUCCUCAAACGAAAGGUGGAGCCUGGUCAGAUGAUUGCGAUUUGCUUUGACAAGUGUGCUGAGGCUUCUUUUACUAUCAUUGGAAUAUUGAAAGCUGGAUGCUCGUAUGUUGCGCUAGAUCCAAAUGCGCCUGCGGACCGCUCGAAGUUCAUUGUGAAGGAUUCGGGGGCCGAGCUGGUGGUAACUGCCGGGCAACCCGGACAGAAUCUCAAAGCGGUACUAGACUGUGAAACGAUCAAUUUGGACUCUGCAGACAUUCUCACUAGCUGCUCUUCCCAGCAGCCAAGAAUCUCUCGGAAUAUCAUGCCCGAGGAUGUUUCGUACUGUCUUUAUACAUCUGGUACUACCGGAACACCAAAGGGUUGCUUGAUAACGCAUGAAAAUGCGGUACAAUUCAUGCUUGCGUUUUCCCGCCUCUUCGAAGGACACUGGAAGACCACCUCAAAGUUUCUACAGUUCGCAUCCUUCCACUUUGACGUCAGCGUGAUGGAGCAGUUUUGGAGUUGGAGUGUUGGCAUGUGCGUUGUAUCUGCCCCUCGCGAUCUCAUCUUCGAAGAUAUCACCAGCGCUAUUCAACAACUGGGAGUCACUCACAUAGACUUGACGCCCAGUCUUGCCCGCUUAAUCCAUCCCGAUAAAGUGCCGACGCUGUGUGAAGGCGCGUUCAUCACAGGAGGCGAGCAGCUGAAGCAGGAGAUUCUCGAUGUCUGGGGUGAGAAAGCCGUGAUUUACAAUGGGUACGGACCGACAGAGGUGACGAUUGGGUGCACGAUGUACCCGAGGGUCCCCAAGAACGGAAGGCCGAGUAACAUCGGGCCGGCGUAUAUAAAUGUUGGAUCUUUCGUUCUCAAGCCUGGGACGGAAAUCCCUGUCCUGAGGGGUGGCAUUGGUGAACUUUGCGUUUCUGGGAAAUUGGUGGGUAAGGGGUACCUCAACCGCCCAGACUUGACAGUCGAGCGAUUCCCAACACUCAAAGCGUUCAAUAAACGUGUCUACCGGACCGGAGAUCUCGUCCGUAUCCUUCAUGAUGGCAGUUUCAUCUUCCUCGGCCGCGCCGAUGACCAAGUCAAGCUACGUGGUCAGCGCCUUGAACUAAGCGAGAUCAACGAAGUGAUCAAGAACGGCGUUGCCAGUAUCCAGGAAGUCGUCACUUUGGUGCUUAAGCACAGUAGUCAGCAGAAAGAACAACUGGUUACUUUCAUUGUCGCUGACUCCAGUUCAGACAAUGAAGGGAGUCUGAUCAUGGGCGCAAGGGAUGCGUGUAAGGCGAGGUUGCCGGGGUAUAUGGUGCCGACGCACUUCAUCCCUCUUCAGAAGCUGCCUCUUAAUGUGAAUAACAAGGCCGAUUCAAAACAGCUCGCAGCUAUGUAUAACGAGAUGUCUGUUGAGGAUAUGCGGAAGUUGAGUCAUGCAGGCCAGGACGGUAAUUCGUGGACGGACAGGGAGAAAAGAGCUCUCGAUAUUGUUGCCAAGACACUGCAGAUUGAGGCUGGGACUUUGACUGGCGGAACGACAAUCUUUGAGCUGGGUAUCGACUCGAUCUCUAUCAUUGGCUUCUCCAAAGCGCUGCAGGACGCGGGCUUGGUUGGUGCGAGAGUCUCGGCUGUCAAAAACAACCCAUCUAUGAGAGCGCUUGUCCGCGUUCUGCUCGACGGCGAUAGCAGCGACCAAGGUAGAGAAAAUGCAUAUGUGGCAGCUGCGCAGAAAAUGGCUGCUUUUGCGCAGAGACACCGAGUCUUCAUCUGCCAGGAUCUCGGCGUUGAGAGUGCUGAUGUGGAGAGCAUAUCUCCUUGCACAGCCGUACAAGAAGGCAUGAUCUAUCGGUUCUUAGAAGCUGACGACGCGCUUUACUUCAACAAGUUUGAGUUUGAGCUUGCGGAGAGUGUCGAUGUGAAGGAUUUGAAGAAGGCGUGGAACAAGGUGACAGAGCAGUUGGAGGUAUUACGAAUGAAAUUUGUGGCUACCGAUGAUGGAUUCGCUCAAGUCGUGUUGCGAAAUGUCAACGAGCGGGCAGUUCCUGCCCCCCUAGACUAUGAGAGGAUGGAUAAAUCAGAGGCGCUAAAGGUUCCAUACAGCAUUUCUUUCUCGGGCAACACUAUGAAGAUCCAGAUCUUCCAUGGGCUGUACGAUGGGAAUAGCUUGACGAUGCUACUCCGCCGCGUCAUUGACGAGUAUCAUGGCUUGGAGGAGAUCGAUUACGGCCCCUCUUUUAUAUCUUCGCUGCCGUAUGGCCCUCUGGCUGAGAUUCCUCAGUCGAAAGAGUUCUGGACAUCGCAUCUCCAAGACUGGGUCUCCUCUCCAAUUCCCUCUCGCCCCAAACUUGAAUCAUCUGCCGAUAUCUUAGCUACCAGCACCAUAUCUUCCCUCGCCGGCUUCGACCAGCUACGCAAACACCUAGGCGUCACCCCCCAAGCCCUGAUCCAAGCAUCUUGGCUUUCCGUCCUCCAACAUCUCGCCAACUCCGCAAACCUCACCAUCGGCAUCGUGACCUCGGGCCGGGCAAUCGAUUUCGAGGAUGCAGAUGCAGUCAUUGGCCCGCUGUUCAAUACUGGCCCCUUCCAUGUCAAGAUUGAGCGGGGCAUGAUUUCAGGGAUGUUGGUGAAGGAGUGUCAUGAGUUUAAUAUACGGAUGCAAGAUUUUCAGCAUACGCCUCUGAAAGAUGUGCAGAGAUGGAGUCCGGCGAAACAGGGAGAGGCAUUGUUUGAUACUUUGUUUGUAGUUCAGAGGCCGGGGGUGGGUGAUGACGAAUUUGCGGAGGGUAUAUGGAGGGAGAUCGGGGGUGGUGUUGUCGCUGAUUACCCGUUGGCUUUUGAGGCUACUCUCAGUCCCGAUAAUAGCAAGCUUGAACUGACAAUUGUUGCUCAAGGCGAGAUUAUGAGUCAAGAGGGGGCAGAUGACCUCUUGAGACAGGUAAAGAAGGCACUUCUUGAGAUGCUGGAGAGUUCCGGGGAGAAUGUCAUUCCUGGUGGUGGUUCUGAGUUGGACGGUGAGGUGAAACGGCAAACGGUAGUUUCUCCAAGCACUCACGAAACACCGAAUGGACCCUUCACAUGGACCGACGAAGCGGAGACAAUCAGAACAGAGAUCGCGAUACUGGCCAGCGUAUCAGAAGACUCCAUCCAAGAACACUCCUCUAUAUUCGAGCUUGGAUUGGACAGUAUCGAUGUCAUCAAGCUCGCUUCUCGCCUGAAGAAGAGAGGCAUUGAGGUCCCUGUCAGCGUCAUGGUCAAGAGCCAGACCAUCGCCAUGAUAUCUUCGAACAUCUUAGCCAAGAAUGAAUUGCACAAGACUACUACUGGCAAAUCAUUGUUGGAUAUGAGCAGGGACUUGACGACCUAUCUCAAGAGCGCUGACAAGCUUCCUGAGAAUGUCGAGCUUGUGCUGCCAGCGACACCUUUACAGCAGACGAUGGUCAACGAGAUGAUCAGUUCGGGAUAUACGAGAUACUUCAACGUAGAUGGCUUGAAAUUGAGUCAGGAUGUCGACUUGGAGAAAUUGAGACAGGCGGUUACGAAAGUGGUUGAGCAGUCGCCUAUUCUGAGGACGACUUUUGUAGCGGUCGAGGAUCCGAAGGCGGCUGUAAGUUUUGCGCAAAUCAUUCACAAUUCUGGCGAGGCGCUGAGCGGGGUGUCUCCUGAUAUCUCUACGUUGGCAGUUGGUCAAAAGUUUGAGGAUUUCAUGGAAAACUUCAGAGUCGAGUCUUCGAGGCUGGCAGCCGAAGAUCAGCAGCUGCUUCAAGUACGUUUUGUGGAUGCGGGAAUGGACAGGUACUUGGUCAUCGCGAUCUCGCACGCUUUAUAUGAUGGGACGUCGCUCCAAUUGAUUCAUGACGACAUCCAGAAGGCUUAUAACGGAAAACUUGCGGAUCGACCUGAGUUUAUGCCGUUCCUGGAGGAGGUUUUCCAAUCGACGACCGAAGAUGCCAGGAAAUUCUGGAGGACAACACUCUCGAACUUACCUCCAGCAAUAUUCCCCCAGAAGUUGGACUCCCGAAUCGAGAAACAUACUUCUACAACAAGAUUAGAAAGACGCUCCCGUGUCUCACUUCCCAAUAUCGAAGCCCUUUGCAAGUCUUCGCGAAUCACCCUCCAAACUCUCGGCCAGACAUGCUGGGCGCUGGUCCUUUCUCAACUCAUGGGUCAACUCGAUAUCGUCUUCGGCUCCGUACUCUCAUGUCGCGACACCGAAGAAGCAAGUGAAGUAAUGUUCCCGCUUAUGAACACCGUCGCCGUGCGCUCGGUCAUCCACGGCACCUUGUCCGAGAUGUUGAGAUAUAUGCAAGAUAUGAGCGACACUACCCGACAAUAUCAGCAUUUCCCACUGGGCACUGCUCAGGCAUACGCAUUUGCAUCUCGUCAAGACUCGGGUCUCGAGAAGGAUACGACACUUUUGGAUACGUUGUUCAUCUAUCAGGGACGACGCCAGACAGAGGGGCAAGGGAAGUUGUAUGAGAGUGUAUACGGGGCUUCGGACGUGGAGUUCCCGGUCUGCGUAGAGAUGGAGGUGGUGAAUGACGAGUAUCUCUCUUGGACUACGGCCUGCAAAUCUAUUGCGAGGGAUGAGAAUGAGACGGAGGGGAUUAUUGAUGCGUUGGAGGCGGUGUUACAGCGGCUUGUCGAAGAUUCUGAGGCGCAGGCUAUCGUGUCUGAUGCUGAUGGGGUCUCUGUGUGCGGAUUGCCGAAAUUCAGACUGAAGGAGAAGAAGAAGAGAACGAACAAGACCCAGGUUCUGGAUUUGGGUCAAAGUGAAUGGACGAGUACCGAGCUUGCGAUUCGCAGCGCGCUACAUGCGCUCUCUGGUAUCCCGGAAGACUCGAUCCGCCAAGACUCGACGAUCUUCCAUCUCGGUCUAGAUUCAAUUUCAGUACUCAAACUCCCGGCUCUGUUGAAGACUGAAGGAAUCAGAUUGAGUGUCUCGGAUAUCAUGAGGCAGCAAACUGUGUAUGCCAUGGCGAAAGCUUCUCGCAGCGUCAGCGCCAGUGCCGAGGCCGAUUCCGAUGUCGAUGUCGAUAGGUCUCUCGCUGAGGCGAUUUCGGGUCUCGACCUGUCGACUGAGAUUUCCGAGCUCGAGAAGGAGAUUGGAGAAGUACAGCAUGUCAUGCCUGCUACGGCGGGAGAGCAGUACAUGAUUCGGCAGUGGCAGGUCUCCCAGGGUGCGGUGCUCUACCAUACCUUUACGUAUGCGCUUUCUGGUCCUGUUGACAAGGCCGGUCUUGCAAGCGCGUGGAAAACGUUGCUGAAGAGACAUGACAUUCUUCGGACUGGAUUCAUCGAAGUUGGGUCGAGGUUUCUGCAAGUCGUCUUCAAGGAUCCUCCGAAUGAGGUUCUCUAUCAAGAUGCGGGCAAUCCAGCGACGACUCGGAAAUCGAACAGCGAUCUUAGGCGACCACCGUUGGAUCUGGUUGUUGAGGAUGCGGAUGGAUCGUCGGUCAGGCUUGAGUUGAUUCUCCAUCACGCUCUUUACGAUGGCAUUAGUCUCCUCAUCCUUGUCGACGAGCUGCAAUCUCUUUACCGUGGAGAGCAACUCAACCCGCCAGAUCAGGACUUCAAGACAUUCGUUGCGCAAUCCCUCUCGGCCUCUUCGCCAACUACCAUGAAAGAGAGAUGGACAUCCUAUCUCGGCGACAAGCCCUCGCCACUCUUCCCUGAGACACUAUCAUCGACAAGCCACAACAGCCAAACAGAAGUCUACGAACCUUCAAUCGCCAUCAAACCACUCAAACCACUAGCCCAGGAAGUCGGUGUAAGCGUAGACGUGCUCUUCCUCGCCGCCACCUCCAAACUCUUCGCUCGCUCCCUCCAGACCACCACGAUCCCAUCCAUCACAUUCGGCAUCUACCUCGCAAACCGGGCACCAUUCGGCUCCGACCUGUCGACCCUCGCAGCACCUACACUCAAUCUGCUACCGCUCCGCGUCCGUGCGCCACUGAAUAGGAGCAUAGAGGAUAUCGCGAGAGAGAUACAGAGGGACAUUCACGUGAUUGGCAGUAAAGAGAUGGUCGGUGCGAGCUUGGCGGAGAUCUACGAGUGGACGGGAACCAGGGUCAACUUUUUUGUCAACAUCAUCAAAUCGUCCGGCUCCGACACCACGGAUGUUACUACCUCAGGGGACAGUCGGUUUGAAUGGAGGCAGGUGCAGGACCACUUGAGAAAGAAGGCUGAGGUUAUAGAGGGCGCGAGAAACGAGCGUGUGAAGCGAGGAGUAGAUUCGCAAGGGGAAGGAGCGUAUCUGCCAUUCGUCGACAUUGAGAUCCAUUACCGCUCCCACCUCGAGCUGCUCAACAUGGGCGUCUCGGCGCCGGGCCACCUUCUCUCUCUUGCGGCGGCCGAGAGCCUGGUUGAGAAGUUUUGGGCUUGUCUGGAUGGCUUGGGAUUGGGCCCGCUGCGGAUAUGA